AUGCAAUGAAUCAAUAUCAUUGUUUAAAGAGUUUAAAUAGGAUUUUGCUACCUAACACUUGCACUUUUAUCUAAUUACUGGCAGAAUGUAGAUAAAGUUCAAUCCAGACAGCAAAAUAUCGGAUAUGAUAGGAAGUAACAGAUAACGAGUGUCCAAAUGGAGACAGCAACUAAAUUGUUGUUUAUGACCUUAAGAUUUUGGGGUGAAGAAAAUAGAAUGAGUUAUCUCUUUUGAUCGCCUACAGUGAAGAGAUAAUUAUAACCUUUCCAAGAUCCUGUCCUGCUAGUAUAUGCAUACUAUGCAUAACCGUUAACGUCAAUGUUACAUAACAAAACAAUAUAUAAUGACAAAGGACUAUGUUUGAAUUGUCUGGCAUGGCUUUCGUCCUAAAUGUUAAUAAUCAUAGUCAACCAUGGUAAAAGCAUUCUUGCUGUCAUCUGUUCUUUCUGUACGGAUCAGUAUCGAGGCACGAUAAGGCACACUACAAAUCAGUUGUCCAAUAUGGCGAUAAGGUGUAUGUUGUUAGUAUGUACAUUAGUGUCUGGUUUACUACUUGAUCAUGCUGACAGUAUUAGGUCUAUCAUCUAUAUGCAUGGAAUCACAGCCGCGCCAGAUGAAGCGGAUCCGUUGAGGCAAUGGGUGGAUGAGGCAUUUCCAGGGACAAACGUUACGGCAAUCAAUGCCUUUAACCAUUUACAAAGUGUGGUUCCUAUGUGGACCCAGGUAAACACCAUUAAGGAAAUGGUGAGAGACGCCAUGGUAAAUAACCCUGAGGGAGUCAACCUCAUAUGUUUCUCUCAAGGCGGAUUGAUAUGCAGGGGACUACUUUCUGUUCUUCCUCACAACGUCAACAACUUCAUCUCUGUCAGUUCGCCACAAGCAGGGCAGUAUGGAGAUACUAUGUAUUUGCAGUAUUUCUUCCCAAACUACCUCAAACAAAACGUCUACAAGUUUUUCUACUCAGACGUGGGACAACAAUGGUCUAUCGCCAACUACUGGCACGAUCCCCACCAGGAGGCGCUGUACACGCAGUAUAACAAGUUUUUAGCAGCGCUAGACAACGACACUGCCACCCCUAAUGCCACACAGUAUAAAAACAAUUUUCUGCGAUUGAAGAAACUGAUAAUGAUUGGCGGGCCGGAUGACGGCGUCAUCACUCCUUGGCAGUCAAGCCAUUUCGGAUUUUAUGACGGUAAUGAAACAGUGGUACCGAUGAAAAAUCAGAAGUUUUACGAGCAGGACUCGUUCGGGCUGAAGACGUUGGAUACCCGGGGUGAUGUUGUCACUCACAUCGUACCCGGUGUACAGCAUACACACUGGAUGAAAACAAGGAUGGUGUUUGAAAAAUUCAUCAAACCAUGGCUAACAGGAUAAUUCAAUCAUUUAUGUAGCUUUGAGUUCAAAAUUAAAAAUCGCAUUAUCAUAAAAAA